CGGUGCGUCCGCAGAUAGACCUCCUUGCCAAAUUUUGAAGGAAACAUGGCUUCUCCUGCUGGUUGUGAGCAUUAUGUGCGCAGCUGCUUAUUGAAAGCACCUUGCUGUGGUAAACUGUAUGUGUGUCGGCUGUGCCACGAUGCAGAGGAGAACCACCAGAUGGACCGAUUCAAAGUCAAGGAGGUGCAGUGCUCAGAGUGUCGCACAGUGCAACAGGCGCAGCAGAGUUGCCAGCAGUGUCAUGUGCAGUUUGGGGAGUAUUACUGUGACAUUUGCCACUUGUUCGACAAGGAUAAGAAGCAGUACCACUGUCAGCCCUGUGGAAUAUGCAGGAUUGGGCCAAGGGAGAAGUAUUUCCAUUGUGAGAAGUGCAAUCUGUGUUUAGCCCAGGAUCUGCGGGGAAACCACAAGUGUGUUGAAAACGUGUCAAGGCAGAACUGCCCAGUGUGUAUGGAGGAUAUUCACACGUCCAGAAUUGGAGCCCACGUUCUUCCAUGCGGCCAUCUUUUACACAAGACUUGCUUCGAUGACAUGGUCAGAACAGGAGCAUAUCGCUGCCCUCUGUGUAUGCACUCUGCCUGGAACAUGGAGGACCACUGGGAUCAGAUAGACAAAGAGAUUGCCCAGUCACCGAUGCCCACUGAAUACCAGGGUGCCACCAUCAAAAUUAUAUGUAACGACUGCCAAGCCCACUGCACAGUGCCUUUCCACGUGCUGGGGAUGAAGUGCAGCGGCUGUGGCUCCUACAACACAGCACAGGAUGGAGGACUCAUCCAGCAGCCUCAGCAGCCUCAGCAGCAGCAGCAGCAGCAGCAGCAGCUGCCAGAGCAGGACACUGAGAAUGAGGCAGAAACAGAUACAGAGUCAGAGCAGCAGGAUCAGCCUCAGUCACCCACACCACAUUAAAGCGACAACCAACCAGCACGGGUGACAUUUACUCUCUAGACAUUGGCUGCUGCGCUUACUUGUAGUAACUUACACUGAGUGUAACAGUAGACUGAGCCAAUGCUCCUAGAUUGUACAUAAUACAAAAAAUCCAUCUAUUUUCUGUACCUGCUUAUCCUCUUCAGGGCUGGAACCUACCCCAGCAUGCACUGGGUGAGAUGAAAGGUACACCCUGGACAGGUUGCCAGUCUACCACAGGACAAAAGACAUAUCCACACACAUAUACAACUACAGGUAAUUUAGAGUCAUAGUCCAUCUGACCACGCAGCUUGCUGAUGGGUGACAGUCUAACCGCUGAGCCACUGUGUGGCACCAUGACAAAAAAUGAUCAGGUUAACUGGUCGAGGCUAUAGAGUAUCAGACAAGCUGUGAUGGUUUUCUGUUCAGUUCAGGGACUGUGCCAUACGUCCUAUUUGAAUGCUCUCAGUAAGACUUCAUGAGAACAAAGAUGUGUCAGCUUGUUAUAUAUACGGUACGGUUUCUGCCCAUGUGGCUGUAACACUACACCAACUGUGAACAUGUGUCAGAAUAAAAAUUCAAAGUAGCCUCAGACAGAAGUCAGUGUGAAUAACAAAGUAGUAAGUCUGCACAGUAACUGACAUGCUGGCUGCAAGACAUUAAGAGAUGUGGUGCACAAGCAAAGUUUGUAAAAGUGGAACCCACUCACAGGGAAUUUAAAAUGAGGGAGGGCACAUUCACAGGGCAUUUGUGUAGGAAAAAAAACAAGUUUCUGUCCACUGUGGACUAUCCCCUUGCAUUUCUCUUUUCUUUCUGCAUAAAUGCGUCCGUGUGUGUCAAUUAUUAUACAAAUAGCAUUUUUCUGAAUUUGACUUAGUCCAUAUUAUAUUUACUGAGUGUGGAUGCCACUCGAUAAUUUAUUAUUUCUAAUCAAUGCUACAGGUGAUGAAAUGUGUAAAAUAUUGAUUGUGAAAUUCUUGUUGAAAGGUACAAACUGUGAUCCAAAUAAAAAACUAAAGGGCAGCCCCAUCAGCAAAAUUCAGAUCACAGGUUUGGAGCCUGCUGUCACUCUUAAAAUGACUGACAGGUCCUUUAAACCUAAAGUGUAACAGGCCAGUACGCCGAUAUUUUCAUUAACAAAUCAAACCGCUCACUUACGUAUGUAAAUGGACUUGUGAUUUAGAUGGUCCAAAAAUGGCUGAUUGGGCCUUUAACCUGCUCGAUGACACGUGGUAUGUCUGAAAUGUUGCAUUGGAAAGGUGUCCUAAGUCUUGCCGAUUUGUUUUGAUAAAUUCAUGUGGCAUGAUUACAGCUGCAAUACGUGCACUUUUAGAGUAUUUUCUUGUCAUACAUGCAUAUGUACUGUAAUUUCUGGCAUGGCUGCUGUGACAGAAGGCCUUUAUUUCCAGCACCAUAAUUGCAUCUUUGUUACUGGCAGGUGGAAAUUUUGGUUACCUUUACACUAAUACAAACUUCCAAUAAACAGCAUAAUUUGACUAAACAUUAUUGUAUUGUGUUAUACUCUGAACCAGUGAGUGAAUUAGAGAUCAGAACAUUUAAUCACAU